CCCCCCUGGUCACAGCUUACUCACCCUCCCAGAGUAUCUCCCAUUCUGUAACAUCUGAUUCCCUUCAUCUUCCUAAAGGAUAAGUAUGUUUCUACAAAAUCUUUCUCACCACUUUUCUAUGGAAAACAACGGGUAUCCUUCACCCACUGCUUGUGGCAAAUCUGACGGUCGGGACGCCUUUAGAGAAGCCUGAUCUCCAGAACCAUCGCCACUCCAGCUGGAAGACGUAAGACUCCAGCGGCAGAGUUCGUUUGUCUUGUCUAUCACUACAACAAUUCCCCGGACACUCCAGUCCUUUUUGGGUUUAUACAUCAAGAGUAUAACACUUCAAAAUGGUUGGCUUCAAACCCUCAGAUGUUCCACCCACCGCGGCUGUGAAGUUCGUUGGUGCCGGCACAGCAGCUUGUAUAGCUGACUUGUUCACCUUCCCUCUGGACACCGCCAAAGUCAGAUUGCAGAUUCAAGGAGAAAGCAAGACCUCUUUCAACUUGAAGACUGCUCAGUACAAGGGAGUCUUUGGGACCAUUUCCACCAUGGUCAAGACAGAAGGGCCCAGAAGCCUGUACAACGGGCUGGUGGCGGGUCUCCAGCGACAGAUGAGCUUUGCAUCCGUCCGUAUUGGACUUUAUGAUUCUGUCAAGCAAUUCUACACCAAGGGAUCAGAACAUGCCGGAAUUGGGAGCAGGCUUCUUGCUGGCUGUACCACUGGAGCCAUGGCGGUUGCAAUUGCCCAGCCCACAGAUGUGGUCAAAGUGAGAUUCCAGGCUCAGGCCAACGUUUCCAGUGCUAAGAGGUACAAGGGAACAAUGGAAGCCUACAAGACCAUCGCUAAGGAAGAAGGCAUGCGCGGCCUCUGGAAAGGUACCGCCCCAAACAUCACCCGUAAUGCUCUUGUGAACUGUACCGAGUUGGUCACCUAUGACCUCAUCAAAGAUGCCCUCCUUUCGUACAAACUUAUGAGUGACAACCUCCCAUGUCACGUCACUUCUGCGUUUGGAGCUGGCUUCUGCACCACGGUGAUCGCCUCCCCCGUCGAUGUAGUGAAGACAAGAUACAUGAACUCUGCCAAGGGGCAGUAUCGGAGUGCUCUUAACUGUGCCUUCACCAUGUUCCAGAAGGAAGGACCAUUGGCUUUCUACAAGGGAUUCAUGCCAUCUUUCCUGAGGCUGGGAUCCUGGAACAUCGUCAUGUUCGUCACAUAUGAACAGCUGAAGAGAGCCAUGAUGUCUGCUCGUGUCUCCUGGGAGGCUCCUUUCUGAACAUGAUGGCACACUUCCCCCCCUCCCCACCUUUUUUAAAAAUUUUAGGUGUCUAUACCUCUUGUGUUUAUACUUUUAUCUUUCCAAUCCCCACGUUUCCUCUGUCCAAUCCCCACGUUUCCUUUCUAGAGAAGUGACCACUUUUUAAAAAUGUUGUAUGGGAUAAUUUAGCAUCCAAUAGUAGAUAGCAUUUAACACCAGAUUCUUCCAGCAGCUGGUGUGCCAGAUGUCGUCUUCUAUGGAUUAGACUUCCUUUUUGUUAAAGCUCUUGUUUAAAGUUGCAACACUUUAUUUUAAAGAAAUCCUUUUAGUAUGGCUGUUAACGAGACGCCGUUCAAGCUUUUCACAGCUAUGAGCUAUUGGUUGCUAGUAAAGCCCAAUGCCAGCCAAAACGUUGGUUUUUGAAUAGUGAGUAAGGAUUAAAACCCCCUAUAACUGCUGUAUAUGGCCCUGUUCGGGGGGAAUCCUUAAAUCCUGUCCAUUGCAUCGGCCAGACCAGUUGAGGUAGAUGCAAAUUAAACCUUAUUUCUAAUGGUGGGAACCUUUGGGUUUUUCUGGCGGAUUCCCCUUCCUGUUGAGGAACAUUUCCUCUGGGAUACCUUUUUAAUAGAGGUUGUAACCCUUCCUAAUGCUAUCAAAAGACCACCUUUGUCUUGCAUUGUGCUCCUGCUUUCAAGUCUGCUUGUCCCACCUUAAGAUUGUCACCUUGGCCAUACAGCAGCCACCUUGUUUCAAACAUCUAUUGAGAAGACCCAACAGUCUACAGGUCCAAACUGUAGUCAUUUGCAGACUAAAGAUCUACUCAAAGGCAUUGUCUCUCAAAUACAAAAUUGUAGCUCUUGUACGGCUUGCUAAGAUUUUAAUGUUGCCAAUGUAAUUUUAAACAUUCAGUUUACUGUGGUGUAGAAGUUGGCCUUUUCUAAUAAAAAAAAAAAAAACGAAAAAGAUAAAAAUAUGAAUAAAAAAAGUAAAAACUGUAACCACUGCAAACCCGGAAUAAGUACGCCCUGUGUGGGUGACGUCUGUAAAUCACUUUGCAGUACAAAUGGCUUUCAACGUGCCAACUUGGCAUAUCUGUUUCCACUUUGGGUUUUUUUUCUGUGAUUUUUCUAUUUCUGCAAGUCACAUGAUCGGUAUAAACCAAUUUCUGCUUUUUCAUGGUUCGUGUACUGAUUUCACAUUCCUGAAACUGCCGAGUCAGACUUGAGUCAUCUUCCUCAUGUGGGCUGAGAACCGCAAGGGGGACGUGACGCAAGUCUCUCUGUAAAGUGAAUUCAAUUCUAUUAACUUUCUGACUGACCAAAUGACUUGGUGUAACUUUUUUAAUGUUCUGUACUAUGUUCUUUUGUAUGGAAGACUGCAUGAUUUUCAAUAAAGUCCGGAGACCGUG